GAGCCAGAAGUGAGAGAAUAGUGUUUUCAGAGCAAAAACAGAGCCCUAGAGAGAGAAAGUACGAAGAACACAUCCUAGAAGCUGUCUUAGAGCUGGAUUUCAUCGAAUCGAGCCUGGAGAUCGUCAUAGGAGUGAAAAUCAUCGUCCCGGAGCAGAUUAUCCUCAUCGUUAUGAGUAUGACUAAUCCGAUUCUUGUUUUCUCUUCUCUCUCUAUGGAGUAGAACCCUUCUCUCACUUGGGGAUGAAGAACCCUAGUUCCAUGUGUUAGGGGAUUGAUUGUAAUGACUUGGGAUGAUACUACUGUUUGAUUUUAAUCGAAUGAUGCAUGUUUCAUGAAUUGAUUUGAGUCUGAUCAGCUUGUCUCAAUUUCUGCUUCAACCUGAGAUAGAUAGAAUCUGAUUAGGUUGUUAGAGCCUCUUCAUUCGAUAGUAGGAGGUUGGCUAUACGAGAGUUAGCCAGUUUACUGCUUUGUACUGGUGUUCUUGGCGCCAGUAGUGGAGUUCUGUGUUCAUAGCCUCAGCUUUCUAUCCCGGUGAAGACUAGUCGUCUGCCGGGUAGUUAGACUGAGAGGGCUUGGUCAGCUUAAGAGAUUCCAAGCUACUGCCGGAUCUUCCGCAGUCUAAUCAACAGUAAAUCAACCCAGGGUAAAUUGCAAUUGAAACCUAACUAAAGAGCUAGGGGGAUUCAUUCCCGAGUGACUCUUUCCUGCUUAAGAAAACCGAAUAAUUUCCUGCUUUAUUUCUGCUUUUAGUUUAAACAACAAUCACUUACUCUAGUUGGCUAGAUAACAGAGAAUCACUGAGUAAGCAGUAGAUCUAGACCCCGGGUUGAUAAUAUAACUUGCCUGUUACUGCAUUCCCGGUCUGCGAUUACACUUGGUCGCAGAUUGGUGUUGUGUUUUGGCGUGUCAAGUUUUUGGCGCCGUUGCCGGGGACUUUCUAGAUUAUUAGGAAAGGCAGAAGUUUGUUACUUUAGCGUUUUUCGUUUCUUUUCUUUUCCACCCUUGCUUUUCACUGGGGUGUUUUUGUUUUUGUUGGUGCAGAUCUGAAUCAUGGAUCCUCAUGGCUUCUCCAAUCAUUGGGGGUAUCCACCACCAUCUGGGUGGUAUUACCCCGAGACCCCCUGGAGCAAUCAAGGAGGAGAAGACUAUGGAUUCGGGUUUCAGUACCAACCCCCAUCCUACGAAGAACAAUCAGACCCCUGGGUAUUUCAAGAACAAUCUCCUUAUCAAGAAGAAUUCCUCCAUCAGCCAGAUCCAAACUAUCACUUGAGGCUUCUCGUGGACCAGAUUGCUCGAGUACCUGAGACAUCCUUUCCAAAGAUGGAUAUCCCAGACAAUGCCCAAACUGGGUUCUCCUACCGUGAAACAGAGGAGACCCUCCUGAGCAUAAAGAAGAGCCUCGAGGAUAUUGAGAAAGCUUAUGCACAACCUGCUCAAGAUCACCCUUCUGCUAUCAUACUAGAAGAGGAGGAGGAAGACGAAGGCUACAAGGAUAUUGUGGAGCAGACAGAAGUUUUCACGAAAAGCUCUCGUGAUGAUCAUGAUCAGGAAUUUCCUGCCGUAGCCGACCACACCUUCCCACAUCCCAAACUGAGCUUUGAAGAGGCGGGCAUGAGUGAGGAGAUGCAAGCUGAACUUAUCGAGAACCUUGCAUGGAGACUUGCUCUCCAAUUCGUGCUGGAAGAAGAAGAGCAAGAAAGGGUGCAGAAAGAAGUUGUGGAAGAUGACAAAAGUGAAGCAGAAGGAGUUCUUGAUCUUUUCUCAGGGGUGAUACCACAUGAAGAAGAAAGGGAGGUUGAAGAAGCAAUUGGCGUCCAGGCUGAGGACGGAGUUAAGGUGGAAGAGGCCUGCACCGGCCAUGAGUUACAUUUGAUAUCUCCACCAAACUUCGAGGAACUACUUAGCAAGGACCCAUUUGCAGUGUCUCUUUGCCAGACCAAGGCCACAUCGACAUCGGUCCCUCUUGGUGGACGCGAUGGUGGCCAAUCUAUGCUGUCUUAUCUGGUUUGGGGCAAUGAGACGAGAGAAGAGAAGAAGAGGUCUCGAGGGUGGAGACUUCAUCUGCAUCAAGUACAUGAGCCUUCAUCACCUGCCACACCACCUGCUUGUGACUUGAGACUCCACCUCAUAGAUGAGAACCUCAACUUCAAGGAGGUUCUAGCAUGGACCGAAACUUAGGAGUCAUCGUCCGGCUCACGACGUGAAAGAAGCGCUUGUUGGGAGGCAACCCAACCAGUCGGUUUGCAUUUCUUUCUCUAUUUAUCCUCGGUUGAGUCAGUUUUGUUAUUUGAUUUUAGAGUCAAUAACUCAACCUUUGUGAGAUUUUGUGUGGUGUUUGUGUUCUGAUUACUCUCUCUUCCUGGACUGCACUGCCUGACCCGUACAUCAUCAUUCACCCUUGAUCUGGUAACUUCGUUCAACCCUCCUUAUCUUUCCUCCAUUGAGGACAAUGUCGUGCUUAAGUGUGGGGGGGUGUUCGAUUAUGUAUGCGGGUGUUUGUUGGUUGUUUGUGUGCUUGGAGCCUAGUCCACUGUCCAAAUUUUUAAAUUUGAGGGCUCCAAGUACGUGUUUCCUUGCAAUUGCCUGCUCAGUAUGCUUUGAAUUGACAGUCUUUAUAGUAAUAUGCAACCUAGGGAGGUAGUGUAGCACUAUGGAGGAUGUUGAUGCAUUUAAGAAGUCUCAUUUCUUCUUCAUAUAAAGUUGGUUGAUUGAGUGAAUUAGUGAUCUUAGGACCCUUGAAUUGUGUGGUGUUGUGGAUUCUCUACCUGUCAUGGACUCUUGUAUCAUGUUUUGAAAGUAACAGGUGCUCGAAAAUGUGCUUCAAAAUAAACGUCUCCCGUGCGAAUAGGGCGAAAGUGUGUAAGGGGAGACGGGAAUUCGUUCCCAAUUUCCACCUACUACCUCCAGCCCCCUUACAUGUCUUUCCCCCGCACGAGGCUCGAGACAUCCGCUCCUGGCAUGGCCGGUAAGAGCAGGUUGGGACCCUUGAAAAAGAAAAGAAAAGAAAAAUAUCAGAAAACAAGCAACAAAAAAAAAAAGGGGUCUCAACCAUCUUCAAGAAGCAGAAAAUAGAGCACCUUGAAAAAUGUGAGUCCAUGAUCUGUUGUUUUUGAGAAUCUCCUCAUCCACAAUUCAUUUGUCCUCUGUUCACUAUUUGCCAUGAUGCCGACUCGCCGAAGAAGCUAUGAGAUGACUUGUGCGUCGGUUGACCUCGUAAGCUGCUAAAUGAUCUAGGAAGUCCUCUACCUACGAUCUGGGUUGUAUGUUGCUAUAGAGCUCUGGAGAGUUGCAUUGGUUUGAGUUAGGUUUGCUUGGGGACAAGCAAACAGUUAAGUGUGGGAGGAUUUGAUGACUCGGUAUUUGCACAUGUUUUUCCCUUUGUUUCUUGAUUGUUUGAGCUUGAAUUAUCGUGUCUUUGGCCUAUUUUAUGCUAGGUUGUGUUCCUUUCUCACAUUUCAGGUCCAAGCACAUAAAGUGAAGUAUAGGCGCAAGUUUCAAGUCAAUCAGAGAUCAAUUGACGAUUCGAGAGAAGAAACUCGGGCAUGACCUAAAUAAGAAUGGAUUUCUACCUCACUUUAUGGACAAAGAAUCAUGCAAGCUUGUCAUGAAAAGAAAGAGGACGAGACUACGAGCGUCUGGGAUCAAACGGCGACUGAAUCGGAGGUCAAACGAGCUCAAACGAGAUCAACGAAGCUUAGGAGUGCAUGCUGGAAAUUGUGCACGGCCGUGUGAAAUUCUGCACGGCCGUGCGGGUUUCCCAAGGGAUCUGCACGGCCAAAACCUCAAUUUGCACGGCCGUGCAAGUAGGGGGUGCGAGUUUCAGCGGGUAUAAAAGCUGUUUUGCGAU